AGAAAACGAUAAAUUUCAACUACUAAUACAUAUUAGAAAUAAUGUAUAAAAGCUUUUCGUUUCAGUUUAUAAUCAAUGAAUUUGUCAUCUUUAAAAUUCGUUGCGAGGCAGAAACGCUAUUUCCUUUUAAGUAUAGUCAAUGUUAUAAGUUUUACGCGAUAUAGCAUGUAGAUACGUCUCAUUCUCGAAUUUUAUAGAUAAAAGAAAAAUUCGGAACAAUCUGCCAAUCAGACCUUAAGGACAAUCAGAUUUCAUCUAAAUUGAAUUCAUGUCAACAACAAAGCGAUACCUCUCCAGUGUCAACAACACUUGACCCCAUAAUUUUAUGUGGAAAAGGUUUGACAAUUGAAAAAGUGAUAAGAAUCGUGCGACAAAAGUAUCCGGUAGAAAUAACAAAUGAUUUUAACGUACAUAAGAAGAUGGCCGAUUCAUGCGAAUAUAUUCGCAAAGUUGUCGACGAAUCUCAACCAUUAUAUGGCGUAACAACGCUAUUUGGUGGUAUGGCACACCGACAAAUAUCAUGUAGCCAGGCAAGUGAAUUACAAAAUAACUUGGUUUAUUUUCAUAAAACUGGUGCUGGAGCCUAUGUUCCAUUGGAGGAUGCUAGAGCAGCAAUGUUAUUACGGGCCAAUUCACAUUUAAUCGGUGUUUCAGGCAUAAGAAUGGAGAUAACAGAUCGUUUAAUCAAAUGUAUAAAAGAACAGAUAACACCACUUAUACCUGAAUUUGGGUCGGUGGGUGCAUCAGGUGACUUAGUACCGUUAACCUAUAUUGUUGGAUCAAUAUGUGGUACAAAUAAGAGUUUUAAGGUGAAUUUUCGUGGGCAAAAGAUGGAUGCAACUGAUGCAUUAGAGCAAAUGGAUUUAAAAAGACUGUAUUUGCAACCGAAAGAAGGGUUGGCGAUGAUUAAUGGUACAAGUAUGAUGACAGCUUCCGCGACAAUAGCUGUUUAUGAUUUGUACAUUUUAUUCGCUGCAACAUUACAUGCUCAUGCAUUGGCUAUACAAGCACUGCACGGUAAUAAUCAACCAUUUCAUCCGUUUCUACAUGAAAUGAAACCUCAUCAUGGUCAGAAACUCAUCGCCAGUACAAUCCUGAAUUUAUUGUCAGAUUCCAAGAUGAUAAAUGAUCAUCUGGAUGGUACGCAUAACAUGCGUCAAAACGUAUUAAUCCAAGAUCGUUAUUCCAUACGUGCUAUGCCACAAUAUCUUGGUCCCUUUAUUGAAGGUUUACACGAGAUUGCUCGUGCUGUUGAAGUUGAGAUUAAUUCAGCAAAUGAUAAUCCAUUAAUUGAUGUUGAAAACCAAAGAGCCUACGCUGGUGCGAACUUUUUUGGUGAAUACAUCAGUACAGCAAUGGACCGUUUAAGAUAUAUUGUUGGUUUAAUAUCAAAACACCUGGAUGUUCAAAUUGCUCAAACUGUAGCAUCUGAAUUUAGUAAUGGUUUGCCUGACUGUUUAAUCAGUAAUCCUCAGCGAGAAGUUAAUAUGGGUGUAAAAGGUUUACAACUAUGCGCUAAUUCAAUCAUGCCAUAUUUAUUGUUCUUCGGUAAUUCGAUCGCUGAUAGAUAUUCAACACAUGCAGAACAAUAUAAUCAAAAUAUUAAUUCAAUGGGACACGUUUCAGCUAAUUUAGCUCGACAUUCAGUAUCAACAAUGAAACAGUUAAUUUCAGUUGCGUUGUUAAUAUUUGUACAGGGUGUUGAUUUAAGGAGCAAAUUAAUAGGUAAUACGUACGAUGCAAGAAAUUUAUUGUCAACAAACACCGUCAGAACUUACGAGUCAAUACGUGAAAUCGUUAAAGUACCCAUCAGUGACGAUAAACCGUACAUAUGGAAUGACGAUGAGCAAGCCUUAGAUGAACAUAUUACACUUAUAGCUGAUAACUUAACAGACGAAAAUUCAUCUUUAUUUAAAGCAAUUCAAAUGACGGCUAAAUAUCUACUUAAUGAUAGACAUCAAUAG